UUAAAAUGGGAUAGAGGAUUGUUACAGUUUGGAAAUAAAUAGCGGGAGAGAGAAACCAUUUGAAACAGAGAGUCUUCUCCUCCUUCAUCUUCUCCAAGAAGAAGCAAACAACGCUCUACAAUCUGAACCAGAGCCACCGCCAUGGCCAUGUCAAGGUGCUUCUUAGACAUCACCAUAGGUGGAGAGCUUGAAGGAAGAAUCGUUAUUGAGCUUUACAACCACGUCGUUCCUAAAACCGCCGAGAAUUUCAGGGCGCUUUGCACUGGUGAGAAAGGCAUUGCUCCUAACACCGGCGUUCCUCUCCAUUUCAAGGGUGUCUGCUUUCAUCGUGUAAUCAAAGGAUUUAUGAUUCAAGGUGGGGAUAUUUCCGCUGGCGAUGGUACUGGGGGAGAAUCUAUUUAUGGUUUGAAGUUUGAAGAUGAAAACUUUGAACUGAAACAUGAAAAGAAAGGAAUAUUGUCUAUGGCUAACUCUGGUCCCAACACAAAUGGGUCCCAAUUUUUCAUAACAACAACACGUACACCUCAUUUGGAUGGAAAUCAUGUGGUCUUUGGGAAGGUAGUGAAAGGAAUGGGAGUAGUACGUUCAAUUGAACAUGUUAUAACGGGUGAGAAUGAUCGUCCAACGCUUGAUGUUGUAAUUGCGGAUUGUGGAGAAAUUCCUGAAGGGUCGGAUGAUGGAGUAUCAAAUUUGUUCAAAGAUGGUGACACGUAUCCUGAUUGGCCAGUUGAUCUUGACCAGAGUCCGUUUGAACUUUCUUGGUGGAUGAGCGCUGUGGAUUCCAUUAAGGCUUUUGGUAAUGUUCAUUUUAAGAAGCAAGAUUACAAGAUGGCCCUCAGAAAGUAUAGGAAGGCUUUGCGAUAUCUUGACAUUUGCUGGGAGAGAGAAGGGAUUGAUGAAGAGAAGAGUACUUGUCUGAGGAAGACCAAAUCACAGAUAUUCACAAACAGCUCUGCUUGUAAGCUGAAGUUAGGGGAUCUAAAGGGAGCAUUGUUGGACACUGAAUUUGCAAUGCGUGAAGGGGAUAAGAAUGUAAAAGCCAUGUUCCGCCAAGGUCAGGCACACAUGGCUCUUAAUGACAUUGAUGCUGCAGUUGAAAGCUUUAAAAGAGCAUUGGAUUUGGAGCCAAAUGAUGCUGGAAUAAAGAAAGAGCUGGCCGCUGCUAAGAAAAAGAUUGCUGAUAGACGUGAUCAAGAAAGGAAAGCAUAUGGCAAGAUGUUCCUAUAAGACUUUGCUCUCCAAUGGUUUUGUUUUGGAGCCAAAUGUGAAGAUAGAGGCCCAGUUACUAAUGGCUAGUUCAACUAUACAAAAUUGCAAUUGAAAAGUGAAAAGUGGGGAUCGAAUCAUCAAUUUUUGAGAAAUAUCUUAUCUAUUGAGUUAUGUUCAGAUUGGCUAUAAAAUUACACUUUGCAUAUUGCCCUAUUCAAUGAAAAUAUAUGGACGAACAAGUAGCUUUUGUGAUUUUGAUAUGGAUACUAUUCAUUUUUGUCUAAACGGUUGUAAUA